AAAACACUCACGGACUUUUAUUACCUACCAUCAUAUAUAUUCUCACUCCCACAAGAAUACAGGGUAGUGGGAUUUGCUCCUCCCUCUCCUCCGCCUGCUCCUCUCCGUUUACUCUCUCUUUAUUCCAUUCUUUGCCAGUAUAAAGCCUUUUUUCCGCCAUGGCAACGAUAUAUUCUUCCCCCUCCGUUCUUUCCUUUCCCAAUAAUGCCACGGCGCAACUCUUCCGCUCCGAUUCCCCAGGAGUAACAUUCCUUUACAAGUACAAAUGGAUCAUCACCACAUUACUUUUGAUCGCUCCUGGUUUCAUCAGGUUCCUACAGUACCUCCUGUUCAAGGAUAAACCACCCAAAGGAUUGAAACUUGUCCCCGGCCCACCCAGCACCAUUCCUUAUAUCGGUCGGGUCGACAUCGAUCCCAUUGCGCCAUGGAACUCGAUGAAGAAAUGGGCGGACGAGUACAACGGUCUCUUCAGACUGACGACGUGCGGCGAGAUGCACAUCUGGCUCGGAAACGGUGAUAUCGCACAGGAACUCUACUGCAAGCGUGCCUCUCGUUAUUCUUCACGUCCCGAGGUUGCGGCAGUGCCUGGAAGUCACAACAUGGCCCAAUAUCUGCCGUUGAUGGAAUAUGGAGAUCACUGGCGUAUGCAGAGAAAGUUCGCCCACACAUCAUUGAACAUUGCCUACAACAACCAAUACUAUGGCUACGUUCCUCUGGAAGCGAAGCGAUUCUUGUACAACCUCGUCAAAGACCCUCUUGAUCAUUAUUCUCAGACCGACCGCUUCUGUGGACGAAUUUCGGCAAGAAUGUGCUACGGGUCUCCCAACUCCGCCGCCGCACACUGCAAGAACGCCGCAGAAUUCAUCCCACAGAUCUCACCGUCGGCCAGUGGACCUCUGACCAACAUCUUCCCAUUCCUUGGACGUCUUCCCGAAUGGAUCAACACUUCCAAGAUCGCUUGCAGACAACGACGGGAACGGGAAGAGCGUUUGUGGAAGGGUCUCCUGCGACAAGUCCGCACCGAGAUGGACGCAGGUAAAGCCGAAGUCUCAUUCGCACGAUCAUACUUUGAACGCAAGGACGCCUCGGAGGAGGGCGAUGGCAAAGACUUUGGUUUCGACGAGCACGAAGCAGCAUAUGCAGUUGGUAUGUUGUGCACGGUCGCCAUCUUCACCAUCGGUGGGCCACUCUACGGCUUCUUCAUGAUGAUGGUCCUGAACCCAGAAUGGCAAGACAAGGCCCGCGCCGAAGUCGACUCUGUCAUCGGUGACGACCGCAUUGUCGACCUCAGCGACUCUCCUAACUUGCCCAUUCUCCGCGCAUGCAUCAAAGAAACUCUCCGCUGGUUGCCGCCCGUCCCACUCGGUGUCCCCAGACUCGUGACCGAAGACGACAGCUAUGAAGGAUACUACAUCCCCAAGGGUGCCGUGGUGCACGCGGUCGACAUCUCCAUGGCCCGCAACGAGGAAAUCUACCCCGACGCCAACUCAUACAACCCUGCACGCUGGCUUCAACCCGAGUUCCCGACCUACCAAGAACCUCUCACAGUCUAUCCUCGACUCUUGGGUUACCAUGGAUUCGGUCGCGGCCGACGCAUGUGUCCUGGUAUCGAAAUCACCGAAGCCGAGUUGUUGGUCGCGUGUGGUUCUCUCCUUUGGGCUUUCACGAUGAAGCCCAAUAAAAAUCCUGAUGGCAGUCUCCAGUGGCCCGACCCGAAGUUGAGGACCAGCAAUGUCAUUGGCGGUCCACUCCCUUUCAAGUUUGAAUUGAAGAUCAGGAGUGAACAGAGAAAGGCCAAGAUUGAGGAGCUUGCUUUGGCUGCGAAGAUUGUGGAUUAAUGAAGUGUGUCUUGGGUACGGCGUUUAUUUUUACCCCUGGGUCAAGUUAGUUGGAGCAUGAGCAUGGCACGCAGUAUAUACUGAUAAUUCAUUGGUAUUCCUUGAGAGUCGUUUCAUUUCUUGAUUCACACUUUUUCCCGCUUGAGCCGUGAACGCCCU